UCACAGAGUAAUAUGGACGUGGAUAUGGCAUCAUCGUCAACGCCAACCAUGCGUUCGGCAAUUUCCGCCCCUCGCGCUGAAGCUGCUCCAAUAGCAGCACCCCGGACCAACACUGCACCGGCAGCGCCUCGAACAACAACAGGCUCCACCGCGACAACGGCUCCGCGUCAAAGCACGCCAGCAUUACCAGCGAAUUUGCAACUCAUUCGUUGUCCUUUAUGCCGCCGCCCUCAUCGGCUAUCGCACUGCGGUAUAUUCAAAGGCAUGCCGCCGAUGCAACGCCAGCAGGUGGCACAGGCGCACGGGUAUUGCCUGAAUUGUCUGGCAACUUCCCACGCAACUCAGGAGUGCCCAUCACCUAAUCGUUGCCAAAUCUGUGUGCGGGCUCAUCAUACGAUGCUGCAUCGCAUUCCCAGACGCGACUCCCGGCGCCCACCGGCUCCUCGCACCAGUGGUAACGUCAGGCGUUCCCAAAGGACUCCUGUGACGGCAUACCGCCGCCGCGGACCCUCUGCAGCAGAAUCCCGUCCUUGGCGCCAUAACCAGGCAGCAUCAACACGACGCCAUCAGCUUAGGCCGCAAUCCCGCCGGUCAACAGGUCUCAGCAGCGUGGUAGCAACGCUCCAGCAGCUACAGCGGCUUCUAGGCUAAAUAUUCGCCUAGGGGGGCCGGGAUGGCUAAAUGAGUAGCGACGUCGCAUCACAUCUACAUCAAUUUAUUCACCUCAUCACGCGAGAGAAAACCACACGUUAACACACAUACACGCACAUGCUCCCAAACGCGAUGACUUACUGCAAUCUAAUUAGAACAAAAGGAAUAGAGAAAGCAGGUCGCGCACCUUUCGUUGAUACGACGUCGUCCAAGCAACAUCGCUUUUCGCUUAUCGCAGCAUCCCGGUUCUCGUUCGCUACCCGCAUUUCUAUAUUUAAAGUUUUCACUUCAUAUUAAAGUAAUUUUAUAAUAACGUUCAGCAUUGUACAUAUAUAAAUAUAAUAUAGAUAUUUAACGUUUUGUAAACCGGCGGUUUUCUACCUACAAUUACCUUUGAACAUCUUUUGUAUAAUAUAGAUAUUUAAAGUUUGAUCUAUUGUUUUAAAACUAAUUUUAUCACCAUAAUUGUGAAGUGAAGUUCGCAGCAAAUAAAAAUUUGUAACGAUUUUGAAAUUGGUGUAUUUUCUUUUAACUUAAAGUGUGAGUGGCCUAAAAGGUGAGUUUUAUACACACGGGUCAACACAA